GGCGACAUCGCGACACACUGCUGUCCAGCGUGCUGUGCAUAGCAUGAUGGCGACGUCUGGAGUGAGGGUACUGCUCCGGUUGUGCAAGACCGGGGCUGUCCCUCGGCUUCGGCCGGCGGAAGCUACCUGGCAACAUGGCCGGCGGUCGGCGUCAGGAGUGACGACGACAACACGGCAAUCUAAUAGCAGUAGUCACCCGGGGCACAUCUUGAGAAGCGCUCCAGCAGCAGCACCUUGGCGAAGGGCGAGGGCUACGGGGUUCGGCAUGCUGUUACCCAGGCAGACCGCUAGGGCUUUGACGUCUGGCGUGGACUUCACGGUGGUGAACAUGCCGGCGCUGUCGCCGACCAUGGAGAGCGGGACCGUGACGGAGUGGCACAAGUCCCCGGGAGACGAGCUAUCGGCGGGAGACGUGAUCUGCGACGUCGAGACGGACAAGGCCACGGUGGCCUUUGAUGUCCAGGACGACGGCGUUCUCGCGAGGAUCAUCUCGGAGGCGGGGUCGGGCGAGGUGUCCGUGGGGAGCCCCGUGGCCGUCAUCGUCGAAGACGGCGACGCAUACGCCGCGUUCGUGAAGGCCGACGCCGCCGGCGAGGUGGACUUUGCGGCGUUGGGGGGCGGGGGGGAUACUGCGGAGGCGGCGGUGGCGGCGCCGGUUGCGGCAGCCGACAGCAGCAGCGGCAGCAGCAGUAGCAGUAGUAGUAGCAACCUGCCGGAACGGUCUGUGCCGGAGGCGUUUUUGUUUUCGCCGGCCGCGAGGCACAUGGCGCAGAGCAAGGGCAUCGAUGCGAGCUCGCUGGAGGGGACGGGCAAGGGCGGGCGCAUCACGAAGACGGACCUGGUGCUGGCCAUGGCGAAGGGGGUCGAGUUCCCGGCCGCCGCUAAAGCCGCCUCUUCGCAGGCGCCGGCGCCGGCAACAGCAGCAGCGGCACAACCGGCGGCGCCGGCGCCGGCGCCGGCGGUGGCACCGCCGGUAGUUCCGUCCAGCAGCAGCGGGGACUUCGUGGACGAGCCCGCCAACAACAUCAAGAAGAUCACGGCGAAGCGUCUGACCCAGUCGAAGGCGGAGGUGCCGCACCUGUACGUGUCGAUGGCGUGCGAGGUGGACGGGCUCAUGGCCUUCCGAAAGACGCUGCAGAAGGAGCACGACGUAAAGGUUUCGGUGAACGACAUCAUCAUCCGCUCCGCGGCGCUGGCGCUUCGAGACGUACCGGAGGCGAACGCCAAGUGGUCCGGUGGCGCCCGCCAGUCGAGCGAGUCCAUCGACAUUUCGGUCGCCGUCGCGACGCCGACGGGGCUCAUCACCCCGAUCGUCACAGACGCGGACCAGCGGGGGCUCAGCAACAUCAGCGGCAAGGUCAGGGACCUGGCGACGAGGGCCCGCGACCGGCAGCUCAAGCCGGAAGAGUUCCAGGGCGGCAGCUUCACCGUGUCCAACCUGGGCAUGUUCGGGAUCAACGAGUUCUCGGCGGUGAUCAACAUGCCGCAGGCUUGCAUCCUCGCCGUCGGGGGCGGCGCGCCCAAGGUCAAGCCCGGCAGGGAGGCUGGGGACAAGCCGCGGGUGUGCUCGGAGGUGACCGUGAGGCUGUCGGCCGACAGGAGGGUGGUGGACGAAGCCAUCGCGGCCCAGCUGCUGCAGUCGUUCAAGCACUAUAUGGAAACGCCCGAGCUCCUCCUGAUGUGAAUGAGGGACGCCGCGGUGUGUGCUGCGUGUUAGGCGAAAGACCUAGGUUGCGCUGCCGCCUUUGUUGGUUCCUGUGUGCACAUAUUUUUUAUAGUUUUUUUGUGCGUCGAAGUGGAUGUGGUGCACAACGCCGGCGACGGGUUGGCGGGAGGUCGUGUUUGUAAGACUUUGUAUACGGUGUAUCGAAGCGAUUGCGCAGAUUAGGGUUGGUCCUACCGGACGUGAGCGGCGACCUUCUUCCUAUGUGUCGGGUUUGGUGCACACACCAGAGAUUGGUAUCGUUCAAUUUUGUUCAGCUUUUCCCCAACACCGUGUUAUUUUUUACAGUGUGCGGCAAGGUUCUGGCAAAGCGAAACAACCGCCAGCCUCUGAAGACGUAAAAAAGUGUCAGCAUGAUCACUAUAACCCCCGUUCAUGUUGAUCAACGCCAACGGGACAUGAUAUUUUCUCGUUGAAGAAGAUGCGAAACCGCAUAUUCGUGGUCGCCUUAAAAAACGCCAUCAGCUGACGCGCUCCUUUUGAUUGUCUUGGGGCGCCCCGGUCGUUGUGGUUGAUCUUCCACAUUUCACACCAAAGACUAGCGGUUGCUCUUGCCAGGUUACUCAAAGAAUUGUACUCAAGAGGGACACGCUUCGUUUCCUAUCUGGCACGACAAGAGACUCUCGGCGAGUUUAAUUGCAGUUUUUGUUGUGCUGGGCCGUGUGCAACCAGUAUAUCCCCCUGAAAAACAUGGCGUGGGUCUGCAGCGGUUAGCCGUUGGUGCUGCCAUUAUUAAAUCACACUAGAUUUCUUCCAAAUAUUGGAGGGCAGCGCUCCUCCUUUUGUUUUCUAUGCAUAGGGCCUGUGAGUUUUCCCAC